AUGCGUUCGCACAUGUUAUUUAACCUGCUCUGCAGCGUGCUCCUGCUCGCUCAGGUAGCAUGGUCGUGGCCCGAUUUCGUCGACGAUGUUUUCAAACGAGAUGAUGCAUCGACUGGCACGGACGUAUCGACGACAGCCUCGGACGCGACCUCGAAUCCAACUGUUACCGCGACCGACUCGGGAUCAGGCACAAAUACUGGCACGGACACUGCAAAGGAGACAGGCACCACUGGUACUGGUACUAGUACUGGCACCGGCACCAAAACUGGCACCAAAACCGAUACCAAAACCACAUCCAAGGUCACCUCGGUCGACCCUCGUCUCCCCGCCGGAGGAGCAUCCAUGACCAACCCCGAGUCGACUUCAACCACAUACUACAAGAUCGGCCAGAACGUGACUUUUGGCUGGAACUACACAUCGGUGGAGAUCACGCCCACUGCAGUCGAUGUCAUUGCAGCAUGCAGCUCGAACAGCGCUACUUACACGCUCGCCAAAAACUUGAGCUAUGCGACCAGCUCGGUCAUCUGGAACACCAAUGAUGACAACGAGACUGCCACGAACCCUUUACUUACCGCAUACUACACCCUGAUCAUCUACGAAGCCGGCACGUCGCCUACCGACGUUGCUAGUGCCGGUGCCCUGGGCCCUGCGACGUUUUCUUUCGGGAUGUACGUUACCCAGGCUCCAACUCCCCUAGGUGAAUAUGUUUGCGUGACUUGCAAUGCCGCAACCUCGAAUAUGGAGCGCCAAACCCUCGGCUUCGUGUUUACCAUGAUCGCCAUCACCGUCGUCUCGUUUACCCUCUUUGCGGGCGGAGUUGGAGUUUUCUCAUGGCUUUAG